AUGUUAAAUUGGGGGUUACGACUCAAAAAGGUUGAGAACUACUGCCAUAGAGGGUUAAUAUCACUGUGGUAAAGCAGAAGAGGAGCACAUUCCUGCACUGGUCACUAGAUAAUUCGUACAUCCCGCCACCAGGUGUCGCUGUGAGCAGCGCUGCCCGCUCUUUUCCUCCCGUCUCUCUCUCUUUCCUCUCCGUUGUUUACGUUCAUCAAACAACAUGGAGGACGAGGUGGAUGUUGACAUCGAAGGAGACGAGUUUGAAGGCAAUAUUAGCGAGCUGGAUGGAGGAGGUCUAGUCCAGGAGCACUUCAUUCAGUCUGCGUGGAAGAGCAGCGCAGGGAUACUGCCAUGGGAGCUGGACAGCUCCAUCAGCCCGGAGAACAGGGAGGUGAUAGAGAGGAUGCUGCUGGAGGAACAAUACUACCUGACAGGUGAGGGGAUUCCCAACCAUAUUUGGGAAAGCGACGCUAACAACGAGCCCAAAGUAAAGAAGUCUCCAGCAAAGACGUCGGCCUCGGCCUCAGGCUCGUCUUCUCGGUGGUCCAAACAGGAGAAAGAGCUGUUUGAGGACGGACUGGCUCAGUUUGGUCGAAGGUGGACUAAGAUUGCCAAAUUAGUGGGCAGCCGUUCAGUUCUUCAGGUCAAAAGCUAUGCCAGACAGUAUUUUAAACACAAGGCUAAAUCAGAACCCAGAGCUGCAGCUCCUGCGCUACAGCUACAACCUCCUGAGCCCACCUCCAGUCAUGCAUCCACUCUGACAAACACGGUCCGCAUAGAGAAGCUCUCUGAUGAAGAGAACGAGGAAGUAGACAUCACCGACGACCUGAGCAGUGAUGAAGAUGGUGAUAAACCGCAGGCUGUUAUCAAAACUGAGUUCUUUGAGCCGAAGCAGCCGACAGACCCUGAGAUCCAGUCAGACACAGAGGAGCAGGAAGAGGCGGGUCUGACUGGCCGACCCAGUCACAACUCAAUGUCUCCACAACGCCCCCGGGCCUCGUCUUCCCUCCCGUCCUCAGAGAAGAGUGGCGUGACUGGGUUAGAGGAGAAGGGCAAUGAGAGAGCAUCACUUCCUCUAAAAAACCUUCAGACAGGAGCUCAAACAGACCCGGAACAGAUGACGGACAGGAAUGAAGAGCAGAGCUCCCGAUCUGAGAGCUCAGCACAGACAGGUCAACCAGAAGAGGCCUGUAGUGGCUCAGGUUCUGCUGAUAAGACUGAGCAGAGUCCAGCUGACGGUCCAGAAGAAGACCAGGAGGAAGAGGAGGAGUCUGAGGAUGAGGAAGAGGAGGAGCUGAAGCCCCCUGAGCAGGAAAUAGAGAUGGACAUGGAGAUCAUCACAGAGGAAGAGAAACAAGCAAUCCCGGAGUUCUUUGAGGGACGACCAUCUAAAACCCCUGAAAGAUACCUGAAGAUCCGAAACUACAUCCUGGAUCAGUGGUUGAAGAGCAAGCCCAAGUACCUGAACAAGACGUCGGUCCGCCCUGGACUGAAGAACUGCGGAGACGUCAACUGCAUUGGGAGAAUACACACCUACCUGGAGCUCAUUGGAGCCAUCAACUUCAACUGCGAGCAAGCGGUCUAUAAUCGGCCAAAGGUGGUGGACCGCUCCAAGCAUAAGGUGGGCAAAGAUGUGCUCGAGGCGUACCAGCUCGCCCAGAGACUUCAGAGCAUGCGGACCAGGAAGCGGCGUGUGCGGGACAUAUGGGGAAACUGGUGUGACUCCAAAGAUUUGGAGGGACAAACAUAUGAGCAUUUGACAGCUGAGGAACUGGCUCUGCGGAGAGAGGAGAUGAAGAAGCAGCCUAAACCCUGCAAGAUCUCCAGAUUCAGGGGGUCUUUUGAUCCCUUCCAGUUGAUUCCCUGCAGGUAUUUUGGAGAGGAUGUGCAGGAACCAUUCCAGGUUAUUGUGUGUGCAGAAACUCUUCUCAUAAUGGACAUGCAUGCCCACGUGUCUCGGGGGGAAGUCAUUGGCCUGCUCGGAGGAACUUUCAGUGAAGAAGAGAGAAUAUUAAAGAUCUGUGCAGCGGAGCCAUGCAACAGUGUGAGUACCGGUCUGCAGUGUGAGAUGGACCCGCUGUCUCAGACUCAGGCCUGUGACGUGCUGUCCUCUCUGGGCUUCAGCGUAGUGGGCUGGUACCACUCACAUCCCACCUUCCACCCCAACCCGUCAGUGCGGGACAUAAACACACAGGACCAGUUUCAGAGUUAUUUCUCCCGUGGCGGAGCCCCCUUCAUCGGGAUGAUUGUGAGCCCGUAUGACCCAGCAAACCCAUCCCCCCACUCCCAAACUACCUGCUUGUUGGUGAAGGAGAGCCAGGAGCCUUCAGGCCCACAGAAGCUGCCCUACAGAUUCGACUUCCUGUCAUCACAAGACAUUCCAGACUGGGAGCAGACGUUGAGGAGAGCUCAGUGGAUCAUCCACAAAUACUGUCAAACACCCGGGAGUGUGCAGAUGGACAGAUUCUUCCGGAAAGACUCCCAUCUCACCUGUCUGGAGAAGAUGCUGUCGUCUCUGGCCCGGUACCUGGAGCCCCUGCCAGAUGAGGAGGGAGACCCCUUCCUCACCCAGAUCCAGGCCCUUUUCCAGUCAGACUUCAUUGCAAAGCAGCAGCCAUGUGACCAGGAAGAGGAAUCUUUUAAUAUCUCAUCCAGACAAAUGGACUCAGAUGACUUUACUUUCGAUCAGCUGAUGGGCGAGGAGAGGCCCCAGGAGGGAGGAGGAGACUCUGAUCUGGAUUCUGGCAGAGCUUUAGACAGCGGUGCACAGACCUCAGACACUAAAAGCAGCACAGUUUUACAUCUGGGCUCUGUGUUGUCGAGUGAACAUGACUAUCUACUGUGAUGGACCAAAUAUUUCAUCUUUCUCAAAAGUGUAGCCCUUUAUGUAACCACAGUGAGGUUUUGUAUCGAGAUUACCGGCAUACUUUAGUUUAAUAUUUUAUUUUUUAGUGAAGAACUUUUAACCAAAAACUAUGAAGGAAGUGUUAUUGAGUGUGUUAUUGUGAGAAAACAUUUCACUUUUCAAGUUCUGCAGGUUUCUUUUAAACAGAAUAAAUA